AACGGAAGUGUGGAGUUGGCAGUUCUGAGAAGAGGCAGUCCUGGCUUGGCGUGGCUGGAGAGCGGAAUGGACGUGGGACGGCAGGCUGGAGAAGCAGGCUGGGGUUGGACUUAGGAGAACCUUGGUGGCCUGUUCUGAGUCAACAUUCCUCCUUCUAACCAUGGGACUUUCCAGAAGGACCACAGCUCCUUCCAUGCAUCCACUUGACCUGGGAUGUUCUGGAUUUGGCUGUCGAGCGACUUUGCCUGCCUCUCCGGAGUAUGGCCAUGUGGUCCCUGUGGAGUCUGCUUCUCUGGGAAGCACUACUUCCCUUCAUUGUAACCGGUGCCCAAGUUCAGGGCCAGGUGGGGGGCUCGGCGCUGCUGGUGGCAGAGCGCCCUCCCGGCUUCCGAAUCCGAGAGGCCAUCUGGAGAUCCCUCUGGCCUUCAGAGGAGCUCCUGGCCACGUUCUUCCGGGGGUCUCUGGAGACGCUGUACCACUCCCGCUUCCUGGGCCGAGCCCAGCUGCACAGCAACCUCAGCUUGGAGCUGCGGCCACUGGAGUCUGGAGACAGCGGCAACUUCUCCGUGCUGCUGGUGGACAAGGAAGGUCGAGCCUGGACCCAGACCCUGCAGCUCAAGGUGUAUGGUGCAGUGCCCAGGCCCAUGGUGCAAGUGUUCACUGCUGUAUCAGGGGAUGCUCAGCCCCCCAAGACCUGCCAAGUGUUCCUGUCCUGUUGGGCUCCCAACAUCAGCGACAUAACCUAUAGCUGGCGACGGGAGGGAACCAUUGACCUUGAUAUCAAGCCAGGCGGCCUCUUCAUGGACGGACAGGUGCUGAGUGUGUCACUGGGACCAGGUGACAAAGGUGUGGCCUAUUCCUGCAUUGUCUCAAACCCUGUCAGCUGGGACUUGGCCACAGUCACCCCCUGGGAGAGCUGCCAUCACCAGGCAGCUCCAGGGAUGGCCUCCUACAAAGAUGUGCUACUGGUGGUGGUGCCUGUCUUGCUGCUUGUGAUCCUGGCUGGUCUCUCUGCCUGGCACUGGGGCCCCUGCUCAGCUCCUGAAAGAACUACCCCAGCUGACCUGGGCUUCGUGGACAUGUCCAUCCUAGGCUGUCUGGCUGGUCCCAGGAUGGAGAAAGUGGGUCAGCAAGGAGAAGGAGGCAUAAGACUUCAGUGGAUGUGUCCUAAAAGGGACAAAGAAGAAGGAUGUCGGUGCUGGUGAAGUGGCUCCAGAGACAGAGAACCCCCUCGUUUAGGGUCUACCGUGAGCAAUGCCUGGAUCACGAGGAAACCCACUGCCUAGCCACAUGAUGCUCUGGGAUGUAGCUGGUACCUGGAAACCACCAUGGACCUCGUACCUCCUGUGAGAUUCCUGCACCACCGCUCAGGAGCAGCCUGGGCAGCCAUCAACUGGGAGGAGAGGAAACACUGGCACAACCUUCCACACCUUCCCCCUUCCCUCUCCCCUGGUUGCAUGUCCUGGCUGUGCUCUGGGAAAUAUGGGCCCAGCAGGACAUCCCCUCAAGGACACUGGAAGUUCUCCAGGAUCCAUAGAUUGAUUGUCCAGGGCACUCACUCCUCCACCACUGUUCAUGAAGUAUUGUUAUGGAUUGAAUUUGUCCCCUUUAAAUUCACAUGUUGAAAUCCUAACCCCCAAUAUCUCAGGAUAUGACUGUGUUUGGAGAUAGGGUCUUCAAAGAGAUAAUUAAGGUUAAAUGAGGUCAUUGAGAUGGCCCUAAUCCGAUAUGACUGGUGUCCUUAUAAGAAGAGGGAGAGACACCAGGAAUGCACACACAGAGAGAAAAAGCCAUGGAAGGACACAGAGAGAAGGAAGCCCUCUGCAAGCCAAGGAGAGAGGCCUUGGGAGAAACCAAACCUGCUAACAUCUUGGUCUUGGACCUCCAGUCUCCAAGACUGAGAAAAUAAAUUUCUGUCGUUUAAGCCACCCAUCCUGUGGUAUCUUUUUAUGGCAGCCCUAGCAGACUAACACAACUAUUAACCAACCAGCAUCAAAGGAUUACUUCCAGCCUGGGUCCUGGCCUCCAAAAGACGUUAGACAAUCACCCACCUUCAGUCCUAACCCCAGCCCCUGUCAUUUGAGACCCUGAUGUUUCCCACAACCAAGGAAUUAUAAGAAAAGGUCUAGAACCUGAUGAAGAAGAGACAUGGGGGUCAAGGGUUUCUCUUUCCGGCUUGAAGGACUUGCAAGUUCAUGGUCCUCAAAGGUAAUUUACAGCUCUAGACAAUCAAGGGAUGGUUGAUAUCUCAUGGUUGGGAUGGGUGCCAUUUUGCUGGUAACAUCUUUUUAAUUGACAUCUUCACCCUCAGCACUGACCAUCAUACCUCCCACAGGAGCUGGAGUUGGGUUUGAGAUUCUCUCCUCACUGUCUAGCACAGUGACCAGAAAAAGAGAGAUUAAAUUCCUCAGCCAACAGGAAGUUCUUGCACAACUUCAAGAAGAUCAGCUCAGCUCAGGAUGAGAGUCUCUGCCUGAGACUGAGAGAGGGAGGAGCCAGGAAAAGCUAAACAGAAGGGAAAUUAUGGAGGGAAAGGAGCUGAGGCAUCCUAAUAUCUGCCACACUCAUUUUCAGAUGCAAGUGCAGAAGAUCCACCCAAGUUCAAGGGACCCACCACUCAAUGGGAAGAUGUUCAAGGUCACUUUGAAAGGAGCGCAUGUGAGAUGGAAGGUAUUAUUAUUGUGGCCAUCUCUGCAAAACACAAUCUGUCACUGAGCGAUUUUGUCUUAAAAAGCUCUGGAAUAUUGCCACUGGAAAAAAUAAUUGAUGAGCUAAACUUACACUUAAGAAUUAGUAGAUGAUAUGGUCCAGCAUUACUCCCUCCCAAGUGUAACCGGAUUUUUUUCUGGGACCUCACUCAAGUCUUGAUGAUAGAGGAAGGAGGCAUUGAAGAAACAGGGGUAGGUUUUGAAGUAUUUUCCUAGGACGGCUUCAAUCCCUCCACCCAGGAUGUCAGCCCUGUGCAAGGGGCUUCCCUCUUCUCCCCAGUUCCUGGGCAGUCACUUCACCUUAGACAAAUGGUCAGCUCAGCUGGCCUCCAGAUUCAUAUGGCCACUCCUGCACACGACUAGUCCUGGAAUUUCCCUGCCUGCUGGCUCUGCUCAGAGGUCCCCUGCUGGCCACCUGACUUCACCUAGUCCUUAUGCCUCCCCUGCAUCCACUUCUCUCCCAUCACCUUCUUCCAAGUCCACCUGAACAGUGCACAUGGCCACAGUAGCUAAUGCUGCCGCCACCUGUCAUCAGAGGCAUUCCCCAGGCCUGGUCAAUGAACCAGGCAAAACUGGCCUUAGUCUUUAAAACUGAUGUGAAAGAGAAAGCCCAGGGUCUAGCAAAUGAGCCAUGGUGGUUGAAUGAGGGAAACACACACACACACACCACUCCCCUUCUCUCUUCCCUUCAUCUCCAGGGCCCCGCCUCAGAUCAGAGCAGUUCUGGAUGGGAUGGGACCCACAGUUCUCCUUCACGCGGUAACCCUUGGUGACGUCAUGUAGACGGUGGUUUUGUUGUGUGGUAUGCCAGGGCCUUUUGAACGUAUUCACGCUGCUCAAAUCAACUGACGUUCCCAUCCCCAAUGACUCAUUUGUCCACUAGUGGAAUAAUUAACCCACCACAGUGUUCGUGUUGAAAAGCAUUGGGAUUGAUGCUUUAAAAGUCACCCAGGAACAAAUACUGAUCGAGUGUGCGGCAUGCACUGGGUACACUUCAGGGCACUGGGGACUCAGUAGUGAGUAAAGCAAUGUCCUUCCUUCAUGGAAUUUAUAUUCUAGAUAAUAUAAGUAAGCAAGUAAGCACACGUCACAUGUGGAUAAGUUCUAUUAAGAAAGCUAAGGUGGAGUAAAUGGCAAGAGAAUGGUGUGUUGGGGAGAAGGGGUCUGUCUUCGAUAAGGGGAUCAGAGGACACCUCCUCCUGAUGAGGUGACAUGCGAACAGAAGCCUCGGGCAGUGGAGUGAGCCAUGCAGUGGCUGGGCAAAGAGCGUUCCAGAGAGCAGAGGAUGCAAAGGCCCUGAGGGAGAGCAUAGUUGGGGUUUAUGAAGAAGAGAGCGGAGACCAGGACAACUGGGCCAAAACAAAGGGGGUGGGGAAGGAAAGGGGAGGACCAUAGUGAUGGUCUGGGGCCACAGCACUUGGGACCUUGUGAUCUGCAGAACACCCCGUUCCUGGGGUUAGGGAAGCCAGGAGCGACCCCUUCUGUUUGAGUGUCAGAUUCCUCCCAUAAUGACCUUGGCACCAUUAACUCCAGUGGGCUCAUGGUCAGACCAGAAUCCACUCCAAAUCUGUGUUUGCUUUUCCUUGUUUUCAUUAUAUCUCCUUUGAGCAAGAGCCUUUGUACCUGUCCUCUGUAAAUACAAGAGCUGCUCGAGCAAAGGAGUCAUGUGCCACGAUGUCAGAAGGAAUGGAGCGGGGAGGGUAUCGCAAGAGAGAAGGGUUAGAGACACAUUUUCUCACCAGUGGAGCUAUGAGCACCCAAUGUCUCGUUUCAAAAAACAAAAAAACAUUGGGGAGAGGAAAGGAGGGUGGGGCAAGAUAGGGGUAGGGGAUUAAGAAGUACAAACUACAGUGCAUAAAAUAAAUAAGCUAUAAUGAUAUAUUGUAUGGCACAGGGAAUUAUAGCCGUUAUUUUAGAAUAACUUUAAAUGGAGUAUAAUCUAUGAAAUAUUGAAUUACUAUUUUGUACACUUGAAACUAAUAUAACAUUGU